AUGCCGAAGAGUGAUAAGCUUUCGGAAUCUACAGAUCUAGCUGUAGAUAUACAACUCGUAUUAUUAGAACAAAAACGGAAUACAAUAUUCAUUUGUUUACAAGAGGUAUUUGACCUAUCUAAAGAUGCGGAUUGUGACCCUUUGAUGAGGGAAAACUUUCUCGACGCGAGUAGUAAUAUUGAAACGUUACGCUCAGACUUUAUUAAAAUCUUAGAUGAUUAUAAUAAUCGCUUGUUAUCUUUAAAUCCUAAGGCGACUCCGGAAUUUAAAAGUUUAAUUGCAUUCGAGCGGCUUUACGGCCGCGUCAAGCGCUUAGUUUCACUGUACAGCUGUAGUGCUAAUAAAACUGAUAAGGAUACGCCGCGGAGACUUAAGCCCUAUUUGCCUCCUAUCGAGUUGGUAUCCUUUGACGGGGAUAUUAGGUCUUGGCCUUUAUUCUAUAAUAACUUUAAGACUACCAUACAUGAAAAUGAAUCACUUACGGACGGUGAAAAGAUAUAUUACCUAUUAGGAAAACUAACAGGCAAAGCAAAAUCGGCUUGCGCCGGGUUUACACCUUGCGCCGAAAAUUAUGAAAUAAUUUAUAAAACACUUAUUGAUAAAUUUGAAGACAAGCGUUAUCUCGCAACCUCGUAUUUAGAUCAAAUUUACGAUAUUAAGGCGAUGUCUAUCGCAAACGCAAAUAACCUUGAGCAAUUUUUAGAAACAUUUUCUUCUUCAGUUGCCGCUCUUGAGCAUUUAAAGCUAAAUAACCUAGCCGAUUUCAUAUUUAUGUAUAUGGCUUUAAAAAAAAUAGAUACUGAAACAGUUCGUUUAUUCGAACUGUAUAAACGCAGUUCCGAUAUACCAACAUGUAAAGAGUUUAUAAGUUUUAUUCGCGAACACCUAAAAAUAUUACAACGCACUUCAGGUAAAUAUGAUGCUAAGAAAACUUUGGAACGUAAAUAUGAUACGACAAGCAAAAUUUCAAAACCAACGCAUACAUACCUAAAUACGGCGACUGCACCUACGCAGCCGGUGUGUUCCCUAUGUAAUACGCGACACGAACAUUUGUAUACAUGCUCAACUUUUCAUAACAUGACCGCUAACGAUCGUUUUAAAUUUGUUAAGGCGAAUAAUCUGUGCGUGAACUGCUUAGGGAAGCACCGAUUAACUGCCUGUAACUCUUCUUCACGCUGCCGCCGGUGUAAUAAUUUACAUCACACCAUGCUACACUUUGAUAACAAUAACAGUGCCGCAGCCACGGGCACCACGUCUGGUGACAGUACUUCACGCACUUUACCUGCUGCCACGCUGCGCAAUGCCGCUUCCACUGUGCGCCUUGCCACUGCCAGCACUUCGGUUGACAGUAGUACCGCUAAUAAAGGGCGAACUUCGGUGAUACCCACGCAACCCCAUGACGUCACAUUGUGUUCCUUAUCUAAUUGUAAUGCUUCCCGCACACCUACUACGGUGUUACUCGCUACCGCACGCGUUGUUGUUUUCGAUACGCAAGGUAGGGAACAUAAUGUUCGCGCUUUAUUGGACAGUGCCUCGCAAAGUAAUUUCGCCAGUCGCAGCUUAUGCCAGCGGUUGGGUUUAGAGACAAACCAGAAACCCUCAUGUUCAGUGGUUAAAGGGAUUGGAGGCACUACUAAGCCAAUUCUAAGUUCGGUUUCGGUGAAAUUCUUUUCCCGCUUUGAUCUCAGUGUGUGUUUUAGCAUGGACUCGCUCGUAGUCGACAAGGUCACGGAGCGCUUGCCCACUGUGUCUGUGGACAUUUCGUCGUUGAUCAAUUUUAAUAAUUUACCUUUAGCUGACGAUACCUACGCUGCCCCUGGAGAUAUUGAUUUAUUGAUUGGAGCAUCAAUCUUUCCUCACCUUCUCUUAUCUCGUAAAGUUCAAGGUCAGUCUGAUUGUCUCUCACCGCUCGCUUUAGAGACCGUGUUAGGUUAUGUUAUUGUUGGCUCUGCUCCUGCUCUAGUUGAUGAUCACGCGUCUGUCUCAUAUUGUUGUGCUACAGACCCGCUUGACGCUGCUGUACGUAAAUUCUGGCAGAUAGAAGAAGUAAGCGUCCCGCAACUAUUGAGUCCAGAUGAUAAGGCGUGUGAAGAUAUCUAUAGCAGCACGACUACCCGUAAUACGGAUGGUCGAUACAUGGUCGCGCUUCCAUUUAAAGGGGAUGUAUUUUCAUUAGGUGAUUCGUUUAAGAAAUCUAAAAAUCGCUUUCUUUGUUUAGAACGUAAAAUGCAGGCAUCACCUAAAUUAAAGGAGGCGUAUGAUAACGUGAUUAGUGAAUAUUUAAAUAAGGGUUAUAUUUCUCCCGCUCCUCUAGACACUGAAGAAACUCGGAAUUUACCCUCAUAUACAAUACCUCACCAUGGUAUAAUAAGAGAAGAUAAACUUACUUCUAAAUUACGCAUCGUCCUGGACGGUUCCAACGCAUUCUGUAUCGCUUUUCGCCGCAAGAACCCUUGA